AUGCAAUUUUAUGGUUUACUUCCAGCUCCAAAUCCUUUAGUUUAAGCUGCUGAUCCUGACAAUAAAUAAAAGAUUGGAUAGAUAAAGAAGAAAGAUGUUUAUGAUGAAAAUGAUUCAGCAUUUAACAUGUGGGAUUACUUUAGCCAUAAUAAAGUAAAUUUGAUUUAUCAGCGCUUUGACAAUUAUCCGUGGUCUAUGAUUCCCCUAAAUAAUCAUCGAUUUGCUGCAUCUUGCUUCUUUGAUUGCAAAAAACUACUUGCUUUAAAUAGAGAAAUAAGAUUAUCGGAAUUUACAUCUAUAUUAAAUAACAACCUGUAUCCCUCUACAAUGAAAUAAAAAGAAUAAAAAUAAUUAUAUCUUGAAUAAGAUAGUAAGAAAUAUAAUGGUCUCAAAUUUGAUUCAAAUUUUGAAAGUGGGAACUUAUUUACGUCAUACAGAGUUAGUUUAAAUGAAUACGAUUUGAUGAUGUAAAAUGACACAAAUACUAAAGGAAACACCUAAUGGUUUUAUUUUUCAGUUUAAAACACUGUGAAAAACAGUGUGGUUACUUUUAAUAUCAUAAACUUUAUAAAAUGCGAUUCAUUAUUCAAUAUGGGGUAAAGACCUGUAGUUUUUUCUACAAAAAACAAUCGAUCAAAAGGAACUGGAUGGGUGAAAGCUGGAUACAAUAUAAUUUACUUUAGGAAUAAAUUUAAGAGAGAAAAUAGCUCUCUUAAUACUUAUUACACUCUUUCAUUUAGUUAUAAAUUUGAACACUCAAACGAUAAAGUUUAUUUCGCUUAAUGCUAUCCUUAUACUCAUUCCUAAUUGAAUAACUUUAUAGAAUCUAUUAGAACAAACAAGUUUGCAGUUGUAAAAGAGCUUUGUAAGACGAUAUCAAAAUUAUCAUGUCCCUUAAUUAUUAUAGGAAAUGGUAAGAAGGCAAUUAUCUUUUUGGCUAGACAACACCCAGGAGAAACCCCUAGUUCAUUUACUAUUGAAGGAGUAAUAGAAUUUUUGAUCAGCAAUUGCAUGGAAUCAGAAAUCUUGAGGAAUAAUUUUACUUUUUAUAUAAUUCCUAUGAUAAAUCCUGAUGGUGUUGUUUUUGGAAAUUAUAGAUGCAACCUUUAUGGGACUGAUCUCAAUAGAAUAUGGAUUAGUCCUCAUAAAGAAUUGCAUGAUUCUAUAUGGUAUGUAAGAGAAUUGAUCAGAUAAAUUAAUCAACAAGCAGAUUUAAGCUUAAUUAUUGAUUUUCAUGGGCAUUCUAAAAAAUUAAAUAGUUUUUACUAUGCUAACAGCCUUUGUGAUGAAUAAAAAUUGUUACCUUUGAUAAGUAGUAACCUCUCAAAAAUGAUGAAUUUGCGAGAUUGCUCUUUUAGUAUUCAUGAAAGCAAAAAAAAGACUGCAAGAGUAGCAUUAUUACAAGAAGUCAAAAAUGGUUUCACUUACACUUUGGAAAUCUCUUUUCAUGCAUUUCGUAAAUCGGGUCCUCAGGAUUUUACUGAAAGUUAUUAUAAAUAAUUAGGUGAAGAUGUUGGAUUAUCAAUAUUUAAAUUAUUCGAAUCUUCAAUGGUAAAAUCUAGUAAAUUGCCAAGGUCCUUAAAUCAAUAAUUAAAUGAUGAAUUAGAUAAUCUUAUUAAAUAUUGUGAUUUAAGCAAACUGUAGAUAGGUGAAGAUGAUUCAGGAAGUGAUUCCAAUCCAGAGGAGGAUGUUCUUCAGGAAUAAGAACUCCUUUCAUUUAAUGAAUAAAAAAAAAAACAAAAAUUAGUUUUACAGGCAAAGAAAAAGCUAAACAAAUUUGAUAAAGCAUCUUAGACUGAUAUUUAACAUUAUUAAAAUCUGAUGUUAGAUGAGAAAGUGUUGGAAAAAAUCGCAGAAUAAGUUAGAUCAAUUAGAAAACCUAAUUUUGAGAUCCCUGGAUUUCGAAACAAUUAAGAAACAAUUCAGCAUCAAGAUGUUCCGCUAUAGGAAGGAUAUUAGAAUUCAUUUCAAUAAACUGACAUUUCUCUUUAACAAAUUUUAGGUAAAAUGUAAGUGUAUCAUGUAAGAGUUUCUAACAAAAAUUCCAUUUUUUAAAACUAAUUUACCACUUAAUCAAGCAAACCUAUAGUGAUAGUUCUAAAAAAUCCAUAUUCAAAACGAUAAAUGCAGUCACCACAAUAGAAAACACCAUAAGUCUAAGAAUCAUUGUCUACCAAAAAUAGAAGGAGAAUAACUUCUUUAGCAGGAAGAUCCACCAUAGAUUAUAAAGGAUUAUCUCGUGAUAGAAAAUACAGCAUCUAAUAACCUUAGUAAGAUCGAAAUCAAGCUAUCAGCUUCAUCUAAUCAUAAGUUACACCUUAAAAUUUUUUAACCCAAGAGGCAAAUUUUGAGAAAAUAGCAAAUAUAAGUAAAACAAAGGUAUAUGAUAAAUAAAUGCUUAAGAAUUUGUUUUGA